AUGGGGCUGAAGCGGUCUGCGGCGGCGGCGGGAGCGGGGGCGGCGGCAGCAGCGCAGACCGUCACGCUGUCCGCGCCGGCCGUGCGGGACGCGGUGCGCGCCGCCGUGCGGGAGGCCGAGGCCACCGCGGCGAAGGCUACCGCCCCGGCCGCCAGGGUCCCGGCGACGGCGGCAGUGCCGGCGGAGAUCGCCAGGGACGGGGUGCUGUGCCUGGAGGAGGUCGACGGCAGGCGGUGGAGCUACGUGGUCGACGCCGCCGGCGCCGCGGUCAAGGCCAAGGGAAGGGCGUCCGUCGGCGGCGCCUUCAAGGCCGUCCCGCUCCAGUCCCCGCUCCCACCCGUCGAGGAAAUAAUGUCCUUUAUAAGGUCAUAUGUUGUGCCCGAAGGCUUUCCAGAAAGUGUCACACCUUCAUAUGUUCCAUACAUGACAUGGAGAGCAAUGAAGCAUUUCUUUGGUGGAGCAAUGGGUGUGUUUACAACAAGAACCUUGCUCAACUCUGUUGGAGUCUCCCAAAGCAGGGCUGCAUCUGGUGCUGUGGCUAUCAACUGGAUACUCAAGGAUGGGGCUGGGCGUGUUGGAAAGAUGCUUUUUGCCCGCCAAGGGAAGAAAUUUGAUUAUGACCUGAAGCAGCUUCGCUUUUCUGGUGAUCUCUUGAUGGAGUUAGGAGCUGGGAUAGAAUUAGCUACUGCAGCUUUCCCACAACUUUUCCUACCAAUGGCAUGCAUAGCAAAUGUUGUUAAGAAUGUUGCUGCUGUCACUUCCACCUCUACUCGAACACCAAUCUACAAGGCAUAUGCAAAAGGAGAAAAUAUCGGUGAUGUCACUGCUAAAGGAGAAAGUGUUGGAAACAUUGCUGAUCUGUUGGGAACUGGAAUGAGCAUUCUAAUCUCUAAAAGCAAUCCAUCACUGGUAACUUCAUUUGCCGUCUUGUCGUGCGGAUAUCUUCUCAGUUCAUAUCAUGAGGUGAGAUCUGUUGUACUGAAUACCCUGAAUAGAGCAAGGUUCACUGUGGCUGUGGAUUCUUUCAUCAGGACUGGGUAUGUACCCUCACUGAAGGAUGGAAACUCACAAGAGACAAUAUUUAAUCCACCUUGGCGACAUGAGCCAGUCGCAAUAGGAUCAAGAUUUGGGGAGGCGUUUCAAGAACCUGCUUCGUUUAUUGCUAUAAAACCUUUGUUCGAGGAUGAGAGGUAUAUUGUUACAUAUAACCCGACAAAGGACAAGGUAUAUGCUUUGCUCAAGGACCAAGCAAAGCCAGAUGACAUUCUCAAAGCUGCUUUUCAUGCACACGUGUUACUGCAUUUUAUCAAUGCUUCACAUGCUAACCUGAAUGCACAGAAGCGCAUGAACUCCAAUCGGUCAUACCAGUAUAACCCACUGAACAUGGACUUCGUACCACACAUCGAAGAGUCGUGCAAGAUCGUCAUGUCAUCUUAUGGAGUUUUCAAGAAGAAAGCAAGAGAACAGGGAUGGAUAAUGUCUGAAUCACUUCUUAACCCGGGACGAGCAAGAUUGUGUGGAGUAGUACCACAAUGA